UGCAGAACUUCGAGUUCCUGAUCGACCUGAAAAUGUAAGAGUACGGACAACUGCCACAACGGCAACUCUAUGGUGGGAUGCACCUUCAGACAAGAGCGUCUUGGUCCGUGGUUACACUAUCUCUUACGGUGUCGCUUCACCGUCACGACGUAUCGUCAUCGAAGGAGCCAACACGAACUCUUUCACUCUGAAUCGACUUGAACCCGAUACAGACUAUGUCUUUGCCGUUGGCGCUUACAACGAAGCAGAUGGCGAAGACGGUGAACCGGUUCUACUCUCGGCUCGAACACUACCCAGUGACGGAACGCAAGCAUUUUCUCUCUGGCCACCCAUAGCCGUUCGGGCAAAUUCUCCCAAGCCUGGAGAGGUUCUGGUUACGUGGGAAGACCCAAAUCCCGAGUUGGACAUCGAAAAUGAGAUUGAUGGAACUCAGAGACAUUACCUCAUACAGUACGGUCUCUACCAAUCCGAACAGCUUUCAAAGAUGCGUUCAAAUUCUCGAAGCGUCAAACUCACUGGUCUUUUGCCUAACAAGGAAUAUGAGAUUGCAGUAAAGGUGGUCGGUGAAGAUGGAAGGGAGAGUCCAUGGAGCAUCAGAGAUAUAGUACUUACACCACCAGGUAGUACUACUGAUGUGGAAGGUACUUAUUAUUAG